GGGAGACGAGGAAGAAGAGGAGGAAGAGGAGGAAGAAGGAGAGGAGGCAGAGGAAGAGAUGGAGACUGAGGAAGGUGAGAAGAACGAUUAUCAUUUCAGCCUGCUGUUGGAAGGGGCCCGGCACCACCAGAACAGCCAGGCCCUCCACCCCCACUCCCAUCCCCACCGACGGAGCACUCCCCGGGACGCCUGUGAAGAGGACUUGGCCCUGGAGUCAGACCGGGCCGACGAGGUCUGUGGCACCACCCCAACGGCCAAUGGCCUGGGUCCUCUCUCUAAUGAGGCCCUGACCAGGAAACUCCUGAUGGGGAGCCCCGGGUCCCUCAGCACCAUGACCAAGCGUAUCAAGGUGGAGAAAGAACUGGAUCCUCCCACGCCCACCAUCCCCAACACAGAUAACGUCUACUCCCAGUGGCUGGCCGGCUAUGCCGCCUCCCGACAACUCAAGGACCCCUUACUCAGCUUUGGAGAGUACUCCACCAAACAAUCGCCCUUCGCCACAUCCUCUGAGCACUCCUCCGAGAACGGUAGCCUGCGCUACUCCACGCCUCCCGAGGAGCUGGAUGGCGGCUGCGGGGCCUCGGGCCACAGCGGGACGGGGAGUGGGGCCAGCACCCCCCACCUGUCAGGGAGUGGCGGGCGCCCCAGCUCCAAGGAUGGCAGCCGGCGGAGCGACACGUGCGAGUACUGCGGCAAGAUCUUCAAGAACUGCAGCAACCUGACAGUGCACCGGCGCAGCCACACGGGAGAGAGGCCCUACAAGUGCGACCUGUGCAGCUACGCCUGCGCCCAGAGCAGCAAGCUCACUCGCCACAUGAAGACCCACGGCCAGAUGGGCAAGGACGUUUAUAAAUGUGAAAUCUGCCAUAUGCCUUUCAGUGUGUACAGCACUCUAGAGAAACACAUGAAGAAGUGGCACAGCGAUCAACCCAUGCCAACCAACCUGGAAAUUAAGACUGAGUAGGGGAGGCAGGGCAGCUCCCUGAUUCGCUGAAUCAUGGCAAAAGGUGGGGAGACUGACAGGGGUUAGACACCAGUCAAAAACCCUGUACCUUUGAAAAAGCUGAUCCAUAUUUGGGGCAAUACUAUUGCAUCGGACACAAAAACUUUUGAGCCUUUCUAUUGUGCAAUAAUUUACAUGUUUUGUACUUUUGUAACUGGACGGCAUGCUCAGUGUGUUUUGGCUACUUAGAGAAAAUUGUCCUUCAUUGGUUGGUUGGUUGGUUGUAAUUGUGUUGCUGUUGGUUGGUACUUUUGAUUUUUUUUAAAGAAAAAGAUUAGAGGAAGAAAACCCCCAUGCUGGAUAUACAUACUGUUUUACAUAUCUUGUACAGUUUGGUGUUGGAAACAUGGUGGGCAGUGUGAAUGGUCUAACCCUUAACUACAAAAAGCAGGGUCAAAUUUUGACUGGUCUUUUAAAAAAAAAAUCUGUCCAUUACUGGGUUAAAAAUAUCAAUUGGGUUUGCCUAGGAAACGGUAGCCACUUAGCGACAUAACAUUUUCUUUUAGAAGAUAUAGUGGUGGUCAAUUUGAAAUGAGUAGUUAUCGUUUGAAAAAGCAAAAAAAUUGUGCCUUGGAAUAUUUUACCUGCAUUAGUUAAUCCUCCUUUUUGCUAUAAGCUCGGAGGUUCAGCUACAAACGGUAGCUAGCGGACACGUGUUUAACGGGGAACAACAGGUUCUUGCAUCAGGCACCUGUACAAUAUGACAUCGUCCUCCGUGACCCAGCGAAACACAAGGAACCAGUUGAAACAAAAAAAAUAUAUUUCUGGUAAAUCAUUUUAUCUGCCUGAUUCAUUGUAUAAUAUACUUCAGAUGUUCAUUCUGUUUACUGGCAUGCUAGCUACAUGCUAUUUGGGGAUUAUGUGGUGUUUAUAUAAAGGGUUUUAUUUGUGUUUUGUUUGGUACCUUACAUAGGGGUACUAAAUGUAAUAAAGAGUUGUUAUAAUUCUGUAAACUUAAGCUCUUAAUGUGUUAGAGUGUUUUGUUUUGAAAUGAAAGGUUUUACAGUUUUUUGUAAGUAGCACAAAACUAUGUUGUUGUCCUUGU